GCUGGGAUAGUAUCCUUCAAUACUAUAUCAAAGAUUUUUUCCUCUGAUCCAUAUGGCUUCUCAUCAACGACAGUUGGCCUUAUUUUCUUUUGCAACCCUCAUCGGAUCUAUCAUCGGUUACUUCACUGGAGUGGCAUCUGAUCAUAUUGUUAUUUUGCUUGCCAGUCGCAACAAGGUGGUUGAGGAGCCUGAAGUGCGUCUCUGGACCCUUACUGCAAGUUUCUUGUAUGCGGCUGUCGGUUAUAUGCUCUACGGUUGGGGUGCUCAGACUCAGGCAAGCUGGGUCGCAGUUUCUAUUGGCUUGGGGGCUCUAAUGGCUCAGCAAGUGAGCGCCUGCACAAUCGCCACCCCAUAUGCAAUGGAAAGUUUCCCCGGUCUUGCCGGUGAACUAGUGGUUAUAUUGGCAAUGUGCAGCUCCAUGGUCAAUUUUGCAAUUUCAUACAGUGUGCAACCCUUCAUUGAUGCUACAGAAUAGGGUUGGACAUUUUUCUUUUUUGGAAUGUGCGUUCUAGCUAGUAUAUCUGGUGGAGUUCUGCUUAUGAUGCAUGGAAGGAAAUGGAGAUGGAAAUGUGCUCCA